UUCAGAGUGUGCUAAGUUCAGACACGCUGUCCUCCUUCCCUCGAUCCCUGGCCGAGGAGCUCCUGGACCAACUCUGCUGCCACGCCCUCUUUUCUCCUCUCGAUGAUGUGUCCUAUCGGCGGCCACCAUUCUGAAAGUAUAUCUCUCAACUGCCAGAGCUCGUGGAGAGCUCUGGAUGACCAACGCUCUCGUCCAUAGACUCCCAUACAUUGAGGUGUCACUGGAGAACGAUGAAGGACUCUUCAAGGAAGUGUGUGACUUUAUCAACUCUGAGGUGGUUCCAGAAUCGGGCCCAGACUCCACAGUCUGUUGAGACUGAUGUUCACCUCUAUCAAAAGACGAAGGGAGUAUGGUUAUGGUGAACUGAAGAAACUGUGUCGCCUGCCAUGUGCCACCACCACCGCCCCAUCCCUCCACCCAACAUGUGAUCUGUUUGCUACCGGCAGUCUGUCCAGACACCCCAUUGCAGAGAGGACUCCUCUAGAAAGAAAGGACCUUGUCCAGUUGCUGAAGAUUGUGAGGUCUCCAGUAAUGGACGACCUGUUGAAGAGAUCGGCUCUGCAACAACUGGCCACGCUCCUGACAGACGCAUCACUCCAUAGAGCGGCACUAGAAGAGGACACAUUGUCCACCGUUGUCUACAUGUUCAAGCUGAAACUGAAUCCCGUGGACCAAACCAGGGCCGGGAACGAGGUGGAAGGGGGUGAGGAGAAGAGAGGGGAGGGAGAAGGGAGGGGAGAAGAGGAAGAUGAAGAACGCGGGGGAUUCUGGAAGGCGUGUGUCCGGUGCCUUCAACUGCUGGCCCUGACAAGUUCCGACAUGAGAAGUCAACUUAGCAAAGACGACAGUUUUCUUCUGGGACUGUUCAGAGCCACUGUGGAGAGUUCCAGUGACCCAGAAUUCCUCCAGUCGUCCUCCUCCCUACUAGCCUCUCUUGUGUUCACUCACAUAUCUCAAUGGACUGGUGACUAUACCAUGCAGGUUCCUGAACACCUUCUCAGCAGGUUGAAGUUGACCUGUUCCGUGGGGUCGUAUGCACAGGAAAAUCCCCACCAGACCCCUCAGAUUCUGACCCCCUCUCAGCUCCCUUCCCCCCACACCCUCUCCCUCCUCUACCAUCUCGCCAUGUCCGAAAACAACGUCGAUAAACUGCUACGGAGCAACUCCGCCAUUUCUCCUGCCACCAGUGAGGAGGAGAGAGGAGAGGGAGAUGCGAGACAGCCUGCUUCACCUUCUCUUCGUCCGGGAGACCUGGAGAGCCUCCGACAUCUGUGGCCUCCGUCGGCACUGCGGGAGUGUCUGUCCCGAUUCCGUGCGAGCCCGCACCAGUACAGUGUGGCCUCAAAUAGUGGGGCGGCCAUCUCACUGGUCGGUCGUGAGACUGAGGAGACAUGUAGCAAUGACUGGGAAGAAGUGUUUGGAAGGUUUCUUCGGGUGAAGCCAGCAACUGAGCAAGACAUGGAUCUCCUCUCUCACCUCCUCUCCUACCUCACGACACUCCUGGACGACUCCCACAGACACCGGCAGAGCUCCUCUGACUGUUACCCGGGCAUUAGUGGCGGUAAUGAUGGGGGUGGGGGUCAGGUGACUCGUCAGCUGCAGCAGCUCUUUGGAGGAGCCGUGUUUCUGAGGUGGCUGGGGGAGGAGACAACCGGGGAGGAGUCGGUCUGUCUGCAGACACUCCGGAGCCUACUGGAGACACACAGAGACCACAACACCAGACACACCAGAGACAGAUUGUGUCGCAGUGUUGGAAACCCAAAGAUACUCGAGAUCUGUGCAGUUCUGGCAAACUCCCUCAAAGAAACGAUAUGCUCUGUCGUAUCAGGAAGAGGAGAGAUGCAGGCGUCGUUCAUGGGGCAUGGACUGUUAAAGAAAGCGAGCCUUUCUCUCUCCCUCCUCGCACGAGGUGCAGCCACCACCAGCCAACUUCCCCAAAACUGGCUCUCGGACUGUUUCUCGUCCACCAACAGUGGGUUUCAAUGGAUCAACCAUCUCACACACAAUAGAGAUCCUCUGGUUCGGGCCGCAGGCUUCAGUCUCCUGGCCAGUAUGUGUGGUGGCAGAGAGGUGGGGGAGAGACUGGUGAGGCAGUGGACCCCCCACGAUAAAUUAGGCCCCUGGGGGGCACUGAUGGGUGUGGCAGUGGACCGGAGUGAGGCGGAGCUAGUUCGCCAGCAGGCGGUGAAGGUGCUAGUGGCAUUGACUGGGACAUGUCAUAGGGACAGUCUGUGGGACCUACUACUCUCCUUCACAGAUGAACAGCAAACACUGACAGGGGCAGCUGCUCUGGAGCUGUUCCUGAAGCACCAUUCUCCAGUACAGCUGCUGGUCGCCUCGGCUCCAGACUGUCCGGCUCUCUCCGCCUCUCUCCUCCAGCUGUCCUACAAUUUAACCCUGUCCUUCCCCGACCUCCUGUGCCCCAGACUGGAAGCACUCGGAGACGACAUCAUCCUCGGAUGCUGUGAUCCGGUCAUGUCGAGUGCGGCAGAUCCUCUCUCGUCGGCUGCCACGCCCUCUCCCUCCCUCCUCCACCUCUGUCGCUCCGCCCUGGACCUUCUCCACGCUGCGGUCGCCGUGGGGUCAAAGGUCAUCAGGGAUCUCUUACUCUUGGGGAACAACACUCUUCGACUGACGCAAUUACUUGUCCUCUGGAGAAGAGGAGUGAGAGGGGAGAGAGAUGUUCUUGGAGUGUGUGGCUCUCUACUGAGACUGCUGGCGUGUCUGUGGGAGAAGGCACCGCUGGAGCUGGUCCACCUGGUGCCAGCCUCUCUCGUCUCUCACUGGGAUAGCUUCACUGCAAUCUUACAGUGGAGCCUCCUUCACCCCUCCCCCUCUCCCUCCCUCCACACCCUCACCCUCUCACUCCUCCACUCCAUCCUCGCACACAAACUCCACCCCCCGUCACGUGACCUAAACCACGCCUCCUUCGACGAGAAACUUACUUCCCUUCUCGACCCCACCCACCAAUCACCCAGUGAAAGCAGAGAUGUUGAAAGUGCGAGUGCUACUUGUCCAUCAUCGUCUGGUGCUGAGUUGUGUGCAGCUCUGUUGGACGUGUACGAAGGGUCAGAGGUCAAAUUAACGAGGCAAAAGGGGUGUGGUUUGGGAGUGGGGCUUGUUUCCUUGACGCUGUGUCUCCUCCUUGCGUCGAGUCAGUCGGCUAAACAGACUGCACUAAAAGGAGGGUUGCUGGAGACGUCACUGGAGGCUGUGAGAGGUCUGCAUUCCCAGAUCCUCUGUAUCGACUCCAUCACUGACAGACAGAAACCAGCCUCCAGGAAAAAGGAUCCACGUCAGGUCCCCCAGAUGUGUGAGAGGCUGGCCAUCGUGAAAUGCCUGCUGUACCAGUCUCCACAGCUGAAGGCAGUGGCCCUGGAGAGUGGCCUUCUCUCCCUCCUCUCUGCCGUGUGGCCACAGUGUACUGUCAGUGUACCACUGGCUGCAGCUGUACUGGACACUCUCACCGUCUUUACUGCCGGGAACAGCGGAGGUCGGGCAGCACUGGCCACGGGGAGCAGAGGCAACGAGAGUCUUCUCUACAGGAUAGCAAGUCACGCCUCCCACUGUAUCUCCAGCCACCGCAGCUGCGUGGCUUCUCGCAGUGCCGCCAGUCCGCUCUCUCCCGUCCUAGUCUCCUCCAUGACCCUCGUCGCCAACUGCGCCCUCUCCCCCGAGGGCCGCAGAGUCCUCAAGAAGGCAGCGUUGCUCGAGAGCUUUGCCUCUCUCUCUCUACCCCCACCUAAAUCCUCCUCCUCCUCCUCCUCCUCACCCCAGACCCACGGUGUCUGCGAGGCAGCUCUGUGGAUUAACGUUCUUCUAAACUUCACCCUCUCCUCCGAUGGACAACACGCCGUCAUAAAGUUACCAGGAGUAGUGGAGAAGCUACUGGACCUGCACCAGAGACCAGACCUGGUCCGGCCCCCUCUCUGUCUCCUGACGCUCCGCAACCUCUCUUUCUAUGGACCCGGCAAGACUCUGCUAGUGGACAAUGAGAGGUUUCUGUGCCUGCUGGCUGGUGGACUGGAGCCUCACCAGGAUAUGUGGACCAGAGCAGUGACUGCCUCUGCUGUCUGGGCACUCUGCCACAACUGUGCAAAGAUACGGAAGACGCUGCGAGGGACUGGAGGCUUGUCUGAGAAGUUGACUCAUCUCCGCUCUGCCCUCUCUCUCCAACAGACCACACCCCCUUCUCCUCCUUCUCCCUCCCUCCUCCAUCUCUACGCAACUAACCUCUCCAACGCAGCUCGCAGCCUCAGCAUUCAGUGAACACUAUAGCUACCCUCCUCCUCCUCCUCCUCCUCCUCCCCUCCCACCCUCUUUCCAUUCUACCAUUAACCUGUCCUAUGCAGUUCGCAAUCUUAUGAAAUUGUUGUGUAAAAAAGUUUUUUCCAUGAAAUAAAUAAUCUAAUAUGCAGAAAAACAUUGCUGAGAAUGACCUGUUAUGCGGAAAAUAACGACAUCAAUUACAUCACUGAGAAAAGAUAUGGGUGUGGUCAAAAUGAGAGAGGGGCGUGGUCUAAGAGUGUUCUUUUGUGAAGGAGAUGUGAAAGUCGGCAAAAUGGUCCAACAUCUUUUCAAGAUCUGCUUCUGACGGGAGAAUUGUGGUCCUAUAGGUCAGACAGAGUGGAAGUUAAUACAGGCAGUUGUCCUAUAGGACACAGCUCAUUCAUAAGUUGUCCUACAGGACACAUGCAGGAGUUGUCGUAAGACACAAGAUGAGUUGUCCUAUAGGACACACACACUACGUGAUUAUUAUAGCUUAUAAAAUAUCAUACAUAUCUACGUGGUUUUCUGAUAAAUGGACUAACGUCGUCCUAUAGGACACAGUACAGUUGUCCUAAAACACAAUGGGAGUGUAAUAGAUCAGAAACGAACGUUUUGCAGGAGAAGGACUACGUGAAUAAUGCCACAGGUCACAGGACAAAAUGAAUAGUAUAGAGUCAUGGGGGUGGAAUUUGCCGAUAUCGUGUGUGAUGAAAUGAAUAG